AUGUCCAUGGAUUCCCGCCGCUCGAUGCAAUACCCUCAUAAUCGCAAGACAAGCGAGUCUGGCGCGGAAAACCGUCCUCGUCGAUUCUCAUUACUCCCGCAAUCCUUCUCAUUCCGAGGUUUCUCUAAUACCCGGGCUCAGACCCCCGAAGAAACCUCGCAGAUUCCUCGUCCCGUAGACCCCCGUUCCCCGCAACGGCCCGCCACAGGCCCUGCGGGUCCGGCGCAGGGUCGUUCUCGAGCGACAAGUUAUGGCACGCAAGAUGCUAUGGGCAUAGUUAACGAGGGACCAGGCGAGGACGUUCAUACCGAACCUGAGCCUCUUAGCUACGAGGCCCAGAUCGAUCGACAGUUUGCAGACCUGGGAUCUCAAUUUGAUCACCAGAGUGGUUCCUUUGGAGUCCCAUCGGCUGAACAAGUCUACCAGAACUCUGCAGACCAUCCUGGCCACCAAAACCACUCGUCUAAACCAAACUACUACGAUGAUUACAACGGUCCGUAUGACAGCGUGCCUAGGCAGUCGAUGCAGGUUAGUCGAUCAGGACGUGGGCCGGGUGUUUUGCAGAAAAACCACCGCAAAUUCGCCGACGCCUACGAAUAUGAGCGCGAUGGGUCUCACCAUUCCGGCAGCUCUGGGGCAGCACGCAAAGUCAUGGACUUCUUCCGAAGACGUGCCAAGUCCCGCGCCGGUGAUGACCGUUGA